GCCAUAUCUCUCUCUCACUUUAGCUUCUUUCUCUCUCUAGAAUUCGUAUUGACUUUAGAUUACUCGUUUCCGCUCCAAUCCCAUUGUCAAUUUUGAGAUUCGAGUAAAAGUUCUCCGACGCCGUCGUAUGUUUAUUCAUGGGAUUGAGUUGGUAAGGCCUCGCAAUCCUUCCGGCGGCAGCAGCAGUGGCGGUGGUGAUGAUCGGAUCGAUAGGGUUGGAGAGAGUUCUGGGAAAUCAACCGACGGAUUAAAGGGAAGCGAUGGAAGAAGAGAUGAAAUCGAAGUUAGGUCUCGUAAGACAAAGAAAAGGCGUAAAGGGGGAGACAAAUUAGGGAAAGUUUCAAAGAGGGGCAAUAAUGCGACUCCUGUUUGCUUAAUUGUUGAAUCCGAUGAUGAUGAUGAUCAUCAUCAUGUGGGGCUGAAUGAGCCCUCUCCGGCGAAUCAUUGUAGAUUUGGAACUGAAGAGACUUUAGGAAGUGGAAAGAUCGGGAAGAAAUUGCGAAGCGGGAGAUCUUCAGAAAGAGGCAAGAACUCGAAUCGAAAUAGCCUCAUUGAUGAAUUAGAGAAUGACUGUGGCCAUGGAUACUAUGAAGACGACGAUGGUGUCGAGUUGAGUAAGAGCUCUGGUAGGUAUCAAAGUACGUCCGAUGUCGCAGGGGUUUCUGCAAGUGGAAAAACCAAUAAAAAGUUCGAAAAUGGAUUUGCUGUCUCGAGUAGGGAUUUUUUGGGGGAAAACUUGGAUAAUAAAAGCGCUAGAACAAAUGAUUCACAGCAUAACAGUGAUGACGAUGAUGCGCUUUCAUUAUUGGGUGGUAAUUCUAAAUCAAGCAAGAGCCACGGUUCUGGGAAAACUGAAAAGAAAUCAGAAAAAGGAUUUUUGUGUGACAUUACUACUUCAAAUGGCGAUUGUUUGAAAGGGAAGAGGAUUCUUGAAGAUAAGUCCGUGACUUCACAUGGUUGUCUCAUUGAUGAAAGUGAUGACCAUGAACGUAUUACAUUAGGUGAUGAUGUUACAUGUUUGGAUGACACUGAUCCCUCCCAUAGUUCUCGUGUUGGAAGUAAUGAGAUAAAGUUAAGCCCAGUGGAAUUGGAUUCUAUUCAAGCAGAUGAUAACGAAGGUGAUGAUUCACAGGAGCUAAAGUCAUCUGAAGAAGAUGACAGUGAUUGGCGGGACAUGGACCCACCUGAGAAUGCUAAUGUUGUUGGUGGUAAGGAUGUUGAAGUUAUUAGUUUGAGUUCUUCUAGUGAUGAUGAUGAUGAUGAUGACUCUAGUGUUCUGGAGGUGGAUAAAAUGGGUGAUACAGGAGACAGGUUUUGGACUGAAGUGGUUAAGGAAGGUCCAUUAAAUGAGCUUGUAUCAAAGAAGAGGCGAAAAGAUGCAGAUACUUCACUUGGUUGUGGUAGAAAACCUAAGUUGAAAAAGGAGCAGUCUAUACAUGAAGCCAUUGAGCAACCUUUUUGGGUUGCAGACUAUAGCAAACAACAAUGUUCAUCUAAAGAUGCCAAUGGAACCAACACUCAAAAGGCUGUAAAUAUCAUAUCGAAAAAACAACUUGGAAAUGUAAUUGAUGUAAUCAAGAUUCUCACAGAAACAAUAAAGGAAGGUGAAGAUGGAGACAAACUGCUUAAACAGUAUGUCACUCCUACAGAAGCCAGUCCAGUAAAAGACAGUCUUGUACAGCAAACAUCUGUUGAACAAAUAGUGUCAUAUAAGUUCAGAUUUGAAGACGAAGAAAAUAUGAAGCAGGAUGAAUCAGAAACCGAUAUGGAAGUUGAUGGACUUUUUGAUGAGAUGAAUAUGUGCUUCCAACUUUCAGAAAUUGGUUGCUCUGAUGCUUCUGCAGUUACUCAUGGUGAUGCUGACUUCUUUAUGGAGGAUAUUGACCAAGCUACACGCUGUCGCCUAGGAAAACAUCAACUUACAAUCAAUGAUCAGUUUGGAAUCAUCUGCAGAUAUUGUUCUUUUGUUGAGAUUGAAGUUAGAGACAUUUUACCUCCUCUGGGUAAGAAUGGAAGGGGAGGGCAUAGCAGACAUGAAACCGACACUGACAAAACAGACAACCUUAAGUUUUCAGAUCUUCAAUUUGCUGAAGGCCAUGAAGAAUGUCCUAAUGAUUCAAAAGGGAGUGAAUACGAAAAAGGGACAGUUUGGGACUUGGUGCCAGGUGUCAAAGAAACCAUGUAUCCACAUCAGCGAGACGGGUUCGAGUUCAUUUGGAAGAAAAUCGCAGGUGGGACCUACAUUGAAAAGCUUGAAAAAUGUCUUUCCAAUGGCGGAAGCGGAUGCAUAAUCUCCCAUGCCCCUGGAACCGGAAAAAGCCGGCUGACAAUCGUUUUUCUGAUGGCAUUCAUGCGAAUGUAUCCGAAUUCAAGACCAAUGAUUAUAGCUCCUCGUUGUAUGCUUCUAACAUGGGAAGAAGAGUUUAAAAAAUGGGAAGCGGAUGUUCCAUUUUACAACUUGAACAACAAAGAGUAUUCCGGUCAAGAAGACGGAACGGCAUCCACUCUUUUGAAACAAAAUGGGAAUGGAAAGAGCGCACGAUGCCUUCGUUUAUUAAAGUUGUAUUCAUGGAAGAGAAAGUCAAGCGUGUUGGGAAUCACGUAUAGACUAUUCGAAAGCUUAGCUGGCAAAGAGGGUAGAAAGAAACAAAAAAGUUCAACAUCAAAAAAUUUCGAAGAUGUGGAAAUCAGAAAGAUUCUUCUUCAGAUUCCGACUCUAUUAGUCCUAGAUGAAGGGCAUACACCCCGGAAUGAAGAAAGCCUGGUUUGGAAGGCAUUACAAAAUGUGAAAACAAAAAGAAGCAUCAUUCUCUCCGGGACUCCAUUCCAGAACAACUUCAACGAACUCUUCAACACAUUCUGUUUGGUGAAUCCCGUAUUAGCAUUCGACAUGAUAAGAAACGACGGCUUCACCAUAAAACGGAACCGGAAAAACAGUUCCGUGAAAGGGCAAUGGGAUUCCAUCACAAGCGAAGUUUUAAAAAGCCGGCAUAAGUUGGACGAAUUGAAAGCCAUGAUUGACCCUUUUGUCCAUGUACACAAAGGAACAAUUUUACAAGAAAAACUCCCCGGGUUAAAAGACGCUUUGGUCGUUUUAAAGCCUACAAAAACACAAAAAACAUUACUCGGAAUGAUGUCGGGGACAAAAAGUCAAGUGGAAAACGACCAUGUGAUGUCGUUGGUGUCCAUUCAUCCUUCGUUGGUUGAAGACAGUUUCAUGGAUAACGAAGGGAUCCGCAAAGUUUUGAAAAUGUUCAAAAACGACCCGAGUGCGGGUGGGAAGACAAAUUUCUUAAUGGAGCUUAUAAAGCUUAGUUGCGCGUUGAACGAGAGGGUUUUGGUUUUUAGUCAGUAUACGAAACCGUUGAAGUUUAUAAUGGAGUUGUUGGAGAAGAAGUUUCGUUGGGUUAGAGAUAGGGAGUUUUUGUAUAUGGAUGGACAACAAGAGGAAAAGAAUCGACAGACAUCGAUUAAUACGCUUAAUGAUCCGAAAAGUGAAGUGAAGACACUGUUGGCUUCAAUCAGGGCUUGUUCUGAAGGGAUUAAUCUGGUGGGUGCUUCGAGGGUUGUGUUGCUUGAUGUUCAGUGGAAUCCGUCUGUAGAGAGACAGGCGAUUAGUAGGGCGUAUAGACUUGGUCAGAAGAAACUUGUUUAUGUUUAUCAUUUAGUCACUGGAACAAUGGAGGGAGAGAAGUAUAUUAGACAGGUGGAAAAGAGUCAUUUGUCUGAAUUGGUUUUUUCUUCAAAAAAUAAUGGGUGUGGGAGUGGGGGUUCAAAGUCUAAAAUAGCGGCCAUGGUGUCGGGAGAUAAGAUUCUUGAAGAAAUGGUGCAACAUGAUAAGUUGCAGCAUAUGUUUGAGAAGGUGAUUUACCAACCAAAAGAAUCGGAUCUAAUUAAGACUUUUGGUUGAUUUAUUGCACACCAAGUUUUGGACUGAAGGAAAACUACUUACUACGUUAUGGUCUUUCUUUUUAUUUUAACUACUACUAGAUAUAAGUAACAAAUGUUUUUUCUUGAAUCUCUAAUCUAAUUUUUCUUCGGAUUUUGUAUUUUGGGUGUUUGUUUUUGGUCAUUUAUAAUUAUUAACUGUAGAGGUAGGUAGAAAUGAAGAAAUUACUAUCAAAAUAAGUUCCAACAGGUAAGAGUAGAACAAGCUGUAUGAAUUAUAACAAUAAGCUCAAUUCAAUUUCCUUGUACCGAAGAUAUAGUUUCACGAAG